AGUGAAGAAUAAACUAUUCAGUAUUUAAUUAAGAAUAUUGCUUUGAUUUAUUUUGUUCCUACUCUCUAUCUUUUCUAUUUGAGGUUAGAAUUCGAUGUUCUAAUGGUUUUGUAGACAUUUCUACAGGAAAACUUAAUCUGUUCUAACUGUCAAAAUAACUAGCAUAUUUUAAAAAGAAAAUGUCAAAAUUCGCAGCAUAACACUAAACGCUAAAGAUCGAAAAUGGCAAAUGAACCUGUAUUUACUUCAAAUUGACGUCAUCGAGACAGACGCAAAAAUAUGUUCGAUGUGUUGGUCCCCUAAUAAUAAAAAGCUCGCUGUUGCCACCAUCGAUAGAUACAUUUUACUUUUCGAUGAAAACGGCGAGAGAAAAGAUAAAUUUUCUACAAAACCGUUCAAUUCUGCGGCAGGGAAGAAAUCCUACAUAAUAAAAGGCAUAGCUUUCAGCCCUGAUUCCACAAAACUGGCAGUAGCACAGACAGACAACAUAGUAUAUGUUUAUAAGAUUGGAGAAAAUUGGGGCGAUAAAAAGGCUAUAUGCAACAAAUUCCCACAAUCCUCUCCAGUAACAUGUUUAACAUGGCUGAAUACAGGCCCAGUGAUAUGUGGCCUGGCUGAUGGCAAAGUUAGACAUCUGAUGAUGAAAAGCAACAAGUCUCAGAGCUUAUUCGCAUCUGAUAGUCUUGUGGUGUCUCUAGCCUCAAACUCCAAAGGUACUGGCUUCCUAUCAGGACACGCUGAUGGGAAUAUAAUCAGAUAUUUUGUAACUGCAGACCAAAACGGAGAAGACGCACAAGGAAGAGUAGUUUCUUACUCUGUACCACCAACGGCUUUGGCAUGGGCAAACGGAUACAUUUUUGCUGCUGGGUGCGACAUGAAAGUAUCUGUUUUUAAUAACAACGGAAAACUGGUGAAAGUAUUCGAUUACAUUAAGGAUUUCGAGCACGAAUUCACACAGGCAGCUAGUAGUCCAAGCGGUCAGGCUGUUGUGAUGGGCAGUUUCGAUCGCCUUCAUCUUUACAUCUGGAAUAACAGGAAAUCGUUGUGGGAGGAAACCCCUUCCAAGAAAAUAGAGAAUCUUUUCACGGUCACCUCCCUCACUUGGAAGAAAGAUGGAUCUAGAGUUGUUUGCGGUGGUCUAGGAGGCUCCGUCUUGAUGUUCGAAUCAGUCUUGAGACGCACGAUAUGGAAAGAUAAGUUCGAAAUCACUUACGUUGGCCCCAACCAGGUUCUGGUCAAACCCCUGAAUUCGAAUGGGAGAGGUGUCAUCCUCAAAUCGCAGUAUGGAGGUGAGAUAGACGACGUCAAGAUAAUGGGACACGACAGUUACUUGGUAGCUCGAACUGAGGACACUCUAAUGGUGGCUGCUCUGCAUAAAAAUUUGCUCAGCGAGGUGCCCUGGGACAACAGCGCCCACCUGGAGAAGUUCUACUUUGAAAACCCGUCCGUCUGUACCAUCUUCAACGCCGGCGAGCUCUCUCUGGUUGAGUACGGGGAGAACCAGGUCCUAUGCUCUGUUAGGACCGAGUUUGCCAAUCCUCACCUGAUGAGCGUCCGUCUCAACGAGAGACACCAGGUGCUGGAGAACAAGAAGUUGGCCUACCUGCUGGAUCUGAAGACGAUAUGCGUGCUGAACCUGAUCAACGGCGUCACUGUGGCCCAGAUCACCAACGACUCGAAGAUCGACUGGCUGGAGCUGAACGAGCUGGGGCAGAAGUUGCUGUUUAGGGACAAGAAGCAGAGGCUUAUCCUGGUGGACAUCCUCACCAAUUCAAAGCAAACGAUCUUCACGGGAGUCAGUUUCGUUCAAUGGGUAGAAGGAAGCGACGUUGCCGUGGCGCAGUCAGAUAACAACCUGGCCAUUUGGUACAACAUUGACAUGCCAGAAAAUCCAACGAUCGUCCAGGUCAAAGGUGACGUCACUGAUGUCGUCAGAAGCGACGGCAAGACUGAAGCAGUUUGCGUGGACGGCAACAACACUUUUUCUAUAGAAUUGGACGAAGGCUUGGUGGAAUUCGGCACUGCCCUCAACGACAACGACUACAGCCGAGCCGUGCUCUUCCUGGAAUCGAUGGGACCCUCGCCCGAGUCUAUGGCCAUGUGGCAGAACCUUUCCCAAAUCGCACUCAAGCAGCAAAACCUCACUUUGGCCGAACGUUGCCAGGCCGCGUUGGGCAACGUUGCCGCUGCUCAUUUCUUCCACGAAACCUCCGACAUAGGUCUCAGGUACGCCGAGAGGUUCAACGACUAUGGAUCCAACUCUCCGGAGGUGCACGCCAGGCUGUCCAUCGUCGAGGGCGACCUGAGCACCGCGGAGAACAUUUACCUGGAGCAGGGUGACCUGGAGGGAGCCUUGCAGAUGUACAAAGACGUCUACAAGUGGGAUCAGGCAUUGCGUCUUGCCAAACAGCGAAACUACGAAAACCUCAAGGGUCUGCAAGAAGAGUACAUGAAGCUGUUGAAGGAUACCAAUCAAUUGGAAAAGGUAGGCGAGGUUCUGGAGAGCGAAGGCAAGUUUGAGCAAGCUCUUGUGAUGUAUCUGAAGUCGAAGAAACUUGUUAGGAUACCCAGCUUACUGUUUCAACACUCUGAGCUGAUGGAGGACACUAACUUGGUGUCCAAUGUUCUGAAGCAACUGCUGAGGUACGAGAUGUUCGAGGCAGCCGCUGAUAUCUACGAGAAGCUGGACAAGCCGGAUUUGGCUCUGGAAUGUUAUAAGAAAGGAAAAUCUUGGAGCAAAGCCCUUGAACUGGCCAGGGUGAGAAGCCCAGACCAAGUGGUCAACCUCGAGGAGCAAUGGGGCGACAGUUUGGUGGAGACCAAGCAGCUAGACGCUGCCAUUAGCCACUAUAUAGAGGCUGGAGCAACCCUUAAGGCUCUAGACGCGGCGGUAGGUGCCAAGCAAUGGAAGAAGGCGGUACACAUCAUCAAAGUUCUGGAGAUGUCCGAGUCUGUCAAGAAAUAUUACGUGGCUAUAGCUAAUCAUUUCGCCUCUGUGAAGGAGUACGCUUUAGCAGAAAAAUUGUACAUAAUGAGUGGACUGUAUCGUGAGGCGGUGAACAUGUACAAUAGUGCCGGUCAGUGGGAGAACGCCCACGCCUUGGCAUCGGAAUAUCUUGACCAGGAGGAGGUGACCGACAUGUACCUUAAGCAAGCCGAGCUGCUGGAGGACCAGAAGAAGUACAGGGACGCAGAGAAACUGUACCUUUCGGUGAACGCGCCAGACAUGGCCAUAGCUAUGUAUAAGAGGGCGGAGCAAUAUGACAAUAUGGUGCGCCUGGUAGAAAGGUACCAUCCAGACCUUCUGCAGACGACGCACAUGCACCUUGGGCAGCAGCUGGAGGGUCAGGCCAAGUACAGGGCGGCCGAAGUGCAGUACCUUGCUGCUGGUGAGUGGAAGGCAGCCAUGAAUAUGUAUAGGGGUGUCAACAUGUGGGAAGAAGCGUACAGGGUGGCCAAACAAAACGGAGGACCAAGAGCAGCCGAACAGGUGGCUUUCCUAUGGGCCAAUACUCUCCCAAUAGAUUCCGCCAUCAAGCUGUUGAACAAGUACGGAAUUCUGGACGCCUGCAUCAACUACGCUUGCGAGACCUACCAGUUCAACUUUGCGUUUCAGCUCAGCAAGAAUCUCCCGUUAAAGAAAAAAGAGGUCCAUUACAAAUACGCCAUGGCGUUGGAGGACGACGGCAAGUUUGCGGAGGCCGAGGAGGAGUUCAUAAAGGCGGAGAAGUCCAAGGAGGCCAUAUUCAUGUACAUACACGGCAAGAACUGGAUCGACGCGUUGAGAGUGGCUGAAACCCACGACCCGACCUCUGUGGCAGACGUUUUGCAGGCGCAAGCGGCGCAAUGUUUCAACGAUAAGGAAUUUUCGGAGUUCGAGUCUCUGCUCUUGAGGGCGCAGGUGCCGGAGUUGAUAGUGCAGAAGUACAAGUCGACAGGAAUGUGGGUGGACGCUCUGAGAGUCAGCAAAGACUACCUCCCUCACUUGUACCCCUCCCUCCAAUCAGAGUACACGAAAUCCCACCAAUACCAAAUGGGCGACAAAAGCAUAGAAACCAUCCUGUCACAAGCAAACGAGUGGGCUUUGGCCGGACAGCACAAGCAGGCCGUGGACUGCUUACUUCAAGUAGACACCACCAUUGCAGACCCUCCAAUAGUGAAGAGGGCCUUAGUCAGAGCUGCAGAUGUCGUAAACAAGUUCUUGUUCGGGCAAGAAGCCGUGGACAUCAUCAAAGUUUUAUCCCCUAGAUUGAUGCAGAUGGGAGAGCACGAGCAUGCGGCCCAGCUGUAUAUAAGUGUGGAGAUGUUCAAGGAAGCUAUAGACUCGUUGAUAGCCGCAGAAGAUUGGAGCAGAGCGAGGAAAAUUGCCAAAGAAUUAGAUCCGGUUUAUGAGAACUAUGUAGAAACGAAGUAUAAGGAUCGCCUGUUGAAGAAGGGAGAUGUGGAGCAACUGGCAGACGUAGACAUUAUAGGGGCUUUAGACCUCCUAGCCGAGCAAGGACAGUGGACGCGAUGUUUAGAAAAAGCCAAAACCCACAAUCCUCCUAUCUUGCAUAAAUACGUCGCUCUGUACGCUGCAAAGCUGCUUAAAGACGGUUUCGUCAGGGAGGCUUUGAAUCUAUAUUCAUCCUACGGAGCUCCGGCGAUGCCUCAAAACUUCAACAUAUACAAUCAUAUCGCUACUGAAAUGUUUGCUCUUCCCGAUCUCUCUGGACCAGACAGUUACAACGAAUGGGAGAAACUGAGACAGAUGUUGUUCGAAAUCGUUGAAAGUCUAGAAACUAUAAACCACGAGGUGAAAAGCCAUUUCAAGAAUUUAUUGAUGAUUUCGCACUUCUACGCGUUGAGAGCAACUUGCAGAGAUGUUCCAACUUUGAAAUCGAUAGCUGUGAAGAUAAGUUGCGCCCUUCUAAGAUAUUCGGAUAUCAUUCCUGCAGACAAGGCCUAUUACGAAGCAGGAAUGGACAUGAAGAGUGAAGGCAGAUACUCUGAGGCUUUCGUUUUCUUGAAUCACUAUUUGGAUCUGUGUGAAGCCAUCGAAGAGGGUGAGGGGCAGCUGGUAGAUCACUCGGAUUUGGUUCAAACCGAUUUUCCAUCCAAUGUGCCGAUACCUAACCAGCUUUACCUGAGAGAUGAUCCUCAAGAACAUGACAGCGUAAGAGAAUGGGUCUUGACUGUCAGUAUGGACCAAAGAAUCGAACAGACUCUGCCCCUGGAUGACAGACAAUUGUAUGCUUCAAGUCUGCAGCAUGGAGAACCACCCUGUAUUGUAACCGGUUUUCCAGUACGCAAACAGCCUGUAGUAUUUGGCAAGAAUCAUGUUCAAGCUAAUAAGGACGCUUGGUCCAAACUUAAUAUGGGAUCCAAAAUGGCACCAGAGUCGAAUGUUUCUAAUGUUCUUUCCUUUAUUCAGAAGUGGUGUGGAUCACCAAGUGUUUAAAUUUUUUUUUAUUAGUUUCUAUAGUUUGAUCAAGUGAUAUUCAAAUACUUUGUUUGUUAUAAAUAAUAAAGAUUGAAAUGAAGAA